CUAGAGCAAAAUGAAAACUCCUACAAGCUUUAACCAGUGCUAGGUUGGACACUGAUAGAAGUCACAAGACUGCUCUAACUGCUGAUGAGAAAAGGCAUUUAGCAGAUUAUAUUUACUAAAAUAAUUGCAUUUCCAUGUUCUGUGUACUGUGGGGGACCAGAUAUAGUGAAUGCAGGGUCCUGGGUUUAGCGUAUAAAAGAACAGGUUUUGGAAGAAGGGAUGAAGAGGAGUUAAGGAGAAGCCACUAUACAGAGUUAACAAGUGAGGUGAGGCUAAAAAAUGUGAAG